CCGGAAGUUCUCGUAGACACGUGGUCUGAAGCAGAACAUACGAGUAACAAGACAUUGGAGUUAGCUAGCUAACUUUCUCGAGAGUUUUGUGAAAUGGACUCAGCUGGUGUUAUCGAUUAAGUGUAAGACAGUCAUCUUGACCGAAAUAUAAAAUAAACCAAGGACAUUACAAUGUUUGGAUGUUUGGUUGCUGGUAGAUUGGUAAGUAUGGAACUUGCUAACGGCAGCAAGCUAACUUGGGACUGAAAUGACAGCUAGCUACACAUUUGAUAUGAAGGAACAAUGUGGUAUUGUAUUCCCGGAUACUCACUGGUCAUUUCUACUCGUAGGCUACAUAUACCCAUUGAUUCUUGAACAAUAUAGCUAGUUAUAAAUGCUCUAUUAUAUGAGCUUAACAGAGAUAGAGGUUUUGUGUACAUCGUUUAGCUUGUACAACUUUUCUUACCCUCGCUAUCAUAACCCAAAUUGUACUCAAAUGUUUGUUUUUGGGUGUCAUUCUAAACAGAAAAUCUAUCGCUUCAAAGUAUGUUUCCUACUACCAUGACAGGUCCAUGGACUUGCAUGCAUGGCUGUCUAUGACUGUAAGAGUCCCAAAAGAGAUACAUCAUGAUGUCCCUACCAGAGGCAGGUCCAGACCGACGCCCAGCAGGUUGCUGGUGACAAGUUUGUCUUCAACCUACCAGACUAUGAGAAUGUGAACCAUGUAGUGGUGUUCAUGUUGGGCACAGUGCCUUUCCCUGCGGGGAUGGGUGGAGCCGUCUACUUCUCCUUCCCGGACCCUGUCGGUGGGCAGGUCUGGCAGCUCCUGGGUUUCAUCACCAACGACAAGCCAAGUGCCAUCUUUAAAAUAUCUCAAUUAAAACCAGGUGAGGGUGGAGAGCAUCCAUUUAGGAUGAUGACAGUACCUCAGCUUGCCUCCGUGGCCCAAGUUGGUGUGUCUAUUGAGCCUUUGGAGCAGCUGGUCCAACAGACGCCUGUAUCAGGUGCCACUGUGUGCGCUGUUGACUCCUUUAUGCAGUUCACUCAGAAGAUGCUGGACAGUUUGUAUAAUUUCUCCUCGUCUUUUGCCGUUUCCCAGUCGCAGAUGACUCCAAACCCCUCAGAAAUGUUCAUCCCUGCCAGUUCCAUCCUCAAAUGGUAUGAGAACUUCCAGAGGCGCAUGGCUCAAAACCCUAAUUUCUGGAAGACUUGAGUUGUUUCGACGAUACCACAGUAUUAAAAACCAUGAUAGAGGCACGGACAGAGAAGACCAAAGAAUGGUCCUCCACAGAAGACGAAAAGAGAUCUUGUUUUAUAGCAACAAUUACUAGGUGUUUUGUCAUAUUAAAUGUUUCUUAAAAUUC